AUGGAAACAGCACUACUCCUAAAUUCAUUCAUACUACUGACCCUACUCAUUCUCUUCACCCCCAUCAUCCUGCCCCCCCUUCUUAAUAUUAAAAACACCCCACAAUCAAUCCCCAAAACCAUUAAAACUGCCUUCUUAAUCAGCCUCAUCCCAACAAUCAUUUUUCUCCAUUCAGAAAUAGAAAGCAUCACCACUUACUGAGAAUGACAACUCACCCAAAACUUCAAAAUCCCAAUCUCCCUAAAAAUAGACCUGUACUCCAUAACAUUCUUCCCCAUUGCACUCUUCGUAACCUGAUCAAUCCUAGAAUUCUCAACAUGAUACAUAGCUUCAGAACCCUUCAUCUCAAAAUUCUUCACCUUCCUCCUUAUUUUCCUCAUCGCCAUACUAACCCUUACAAUCGCAAAUAACAUAUUCCUUCUAUUUAUCGGCUGAGAAGGAGUAGGAAUCAUAUCAUUCCUCCUCAUUGGCUGAUGACAAGGACGAGCUGAAGCUAACACAGCCGCACUUCAAGCCAUAAUCUAUAAUCGAAUUGGAGACAUCGGUCUAAUCCUAAGCAUAGCAUGACUAGCCUCAACAUUAAACUCCUGAGAAAUCCAACAAACCAUUCAACCAAAUCAAACACCUACCCUCCCCCUUCUAGGCCUAAUCCUAGCCGCCACAGGAAAAUCAGCCCAAUUCGGCCUCCAUCCAUGACUUCCUGCAGCAAUAGAAGGUCCAACUCCAGUCUCCGCCCUACUCCAUUCCAGCACUAUAGUAGUAGCCGGAAUUUUCUUACUCAUUCGCACCCACCCCAUCUUAUCCUCAAACAAAUUAGCCUUAACCACAUGCCUAUGCUUAGGUGCCUUAUCAACAUUAUUUGCCGCCACUUGCGCCCUUACUCAAAAUGAUAUCAAAAAAAUCAUUGCCUUUUCCACCUCAAGCCAACUAGGUCUUAUAAUAGUCACAAUCGGACUAGACCUCCCCCAACUUGCUUUUCUCCACAUCUCAACCCACGCAUUCUUCAAGGCUAUGCUAUUCCUGUGCUCUGGCCUAAUCAUCCACAGCCUAAACGGAGAACAAGACAUUCGCAAAAUAGGAUGCCUUCAAAAAACCCUGCCAAUAACCACCUCUUGCCUAACCAUCGGCAACCUUGCCCUAAUAGGCACUCCAUUCCUAGCUGGCUUCUACUCAAAAGACCCAAUCAUCGAAAACCUAAACACCUCAUACAUCAAUACCUGAGCCCUCCUCCUUACUCUACUUGCCACAUCCUUCACCGCAACCUACAGCCUACGCAUAACCCUAUUAGUCCAAACAGGCCACACUCGAUCCCCCACAAUCACACCCAUCAAUGAAAACACAUCCUCAGCCAUCCUACCUAUCAUCCGACUAGCCUUUGGCAGCAUCAUAGCCGGUUUACUAAUCUCAUCCCUCACCCUCCCUACAAAAACACCCCCAAUAACCAUGCCUGCCAUCACAAAAACCGCCGCCAUCAUUGUCACAACCCUUGGAAUCAUCCUCGCCCUAGAACUCUCAAAUAUAACACACACCCUUACUCCUCCAAAGCAAAACCCUCUCAUAAACUUUUCCUCCUCACUAGGCUACUUCAACCCCCUAACACACCGUACUAACCCUACAAUCCUCCUUCACUCUGGACAAAAAAUUGCUACCCACCUAAUCGACAUAGCAUGAUACAAAAAAAUAGGCCCUGAAGGUCUUGCCAACCUCCACCUGAUUAUAAGCAAAACCUCAACCACCCUCCAUACAGGCCUAAUCAAAUCCUACCUAGGGUCCUUCGCCCUUACAAUCCUCAUUAUAAUCCUAAUAACCCCAAAAUAA